AUGUUAAAUAUCCCAAGUAUCAAUGCAAAUACAAAGUGGAUACUGAAUGGUAUCACAGUGGCUGAAGGUAAUGGUCAAGGCAAUGGAAGAAAGGUGCACGAGAGGGGAAUUGUCGUUGAUCAAUUAGGAAGUGUUUAUGUGGCAGAUCUUCUGAAUCAUCGAAUAGUACGAUGGUGUGCGGGUUCACGAGAACCGGGAGUGUGA